AUGAAACUACAUAUCCCAGCGUGCCUUGCCCACGAGCACAAUGGAGCCCCGUCGUCAUCCGGUCACGGGGCUGGGCGUUCCGUGUGCGCGGCGACUUCAGGCCUGGGUCCCUCCCUAGCGGAGGGCCCUCCCGGGGUGGGAAAGCCGCGGUUCCCGGCAUGCCCUGCCACAGCCGCGCCUGCGUACUGGAGCAACUGCAGCGGGGAGCGGGUUGUUUUAAAGCGCUGUCGUAGUUCCAGGGAAACUGGCCCGCCUGCAGCCGGCCGCAGCUCCAGGCGGCCAGAUGGAUUGUGGGGUGAGGCUGCCGUGCCGCGGGCCCGGGGUGGGCCGGGAGCCCAGGUACACAUGGAAACAGUUAUGUCCAGAUCGGUCCUCUCUCCAACCCAUGUCAAUGCUACAGCUUCUGAAACAGUCACGGUACUUCAGCAAAGGAUGAGAAUAGUUGAGGAACAGACCAGUUCUCUGAGGAAUGACUUAAUAAUGUUUGACCUUGAUGAUAAAAGAGGCCACAUGGAAACUCCAAAAUGUAUAGAAGAACCCAUGAAUCCCGGUAUCAUUUCUGCUAAACAGAAUGGAAUAAUUUGUUCAGGAAAAGCAGAUAUUUUAUGGAAGAACUGUGAGUUUCUGGUAAAUCGAAUGUGCCAUCUGGAAAGCCUCAUUCAGUCCUUGAAGAUGAACAUUUUUCGCCUACAAACUGAAAAGGAAUUGAAUCCACAAAAAACAGCUUUUCUGAAAGAGCGACUGAAUAUAAUACAGGAGGAGCAUUCCAAGGACCUGAAGUUGUUGCAUCUUGAAGUGAUAAAUCUGCGCAAGCAACUGAGAGAUGUAAAAGAGGAAGAAGACAGAGCACAAGAUAAAGUACAAAGGCUGACUGCUACGUUGGAGAUUGCCUCAGAGACAAAGAAGAAUGCAGCCAUUAUAGAAGAAGAACUUAAGACUACAAAACGUAAAAUGAACCUUAAAAUUCAGGAGCUAAGGAAACAACUGUCUGAGGAGAAGCACCUGAGGGAAUCUCUUGAGAAAUCGGAAUCAGCUAUGAUACUCAAAAUACAAGAAAUGUCAUCAGCAGUGGAGAUGGAACAGAAACAGGUCCAAGUUUUGCAACAAAACUGCAUAGCUCUACGUAAUUCUAUACAGACAACCCAAGAACUAUUGAAAGAAGAGCAACAGCUAAAAGGAGAGUUGGAAAUUGCUACCUCAAAGCUCCAGUCCGAUCUAAUUUCUAGGGAUGACCUAAUUUCCAAGUUGGCUGAAGAAAAUAAGAAUUUGCAAAUAUCUUUCAACAAGGAACACAAUGAAAAUGCAUAUUUGAUGUCUGAAAUAGCAGCCUGUCAUGAAGCAUCAGAAAAAGCACAGGUUUUGAACAAUCAACUGACUAACCAGUGUUCACAGUUGAAUUGCAUGCUUCAAAAUCUUAAGAAGGAAAAUGCCAGAAUUAUUGCUGACCAUCAAGCCAUUUUGCAGGUAGAACAGAAAAUGAUGACCCAGACAUUUCAACAACAAAACUUACUGCUGGAUGCAGCUCAGGCCAGUAUCACAAAUGAACUACAGACUGUUCAGAAUGAGAAAAAACAACUGCAAGAACAUCUGGACCAUUUAAUUAUUGAGCAUAAUGAAUGUACCCAGAAGGCCCAGGAUGCCGAGAAGAAGACAGCUAUGCAAAAAGAACUGCUGGAGUCAACUAUUGCAAGAAUGAGAGCUGAAUUGGAGACAUCAAUGCAAGAAAGGGAGUCUUUGGUAGAAGAGAAAGACAGAUUUCAAAGAGAGAUUGAUAAAACAAAAAAAGAAAUGGCAGAAGAAAAAUGCAAAUUGGAAAAAGAAUUAGAUAAACACAAGGAAGACACAAAUUCAUUAACCAGCAAACUGCAAGUUUUAGAGGAAAAAAAUAAACUCUUGACAGAUCAAAUGACUUCUCUAGAACUUCAAAAAGUGCCUUCAGAUUACCAUGGGAUUGCCCAACAGCAAGUGGAAAAGGUCUUGGGAAAACUUAUUGCAGGUAAAAAUAAACUGGCAUAUGAAAAGGGACAACUACAGAUAAGAGUUAAACAACUAGAAGAACAAUUACAUACCUUUACUGAAACCAUUUUACAGAAUGACCAUCUCCGCAAGUUGAAUAAGACUCUAGAGGGCAAAUAUACUCAGGUGAAAUCUAUUCUCGAGAAGAAUGAGGAGGAGCUCUUAAAUGCAGUGAAGUAUCGUGAAGCAGCCCUGAAAGAGAGCCAGAAGUUGAAAGGGGAUCUUGAAGCUGUGGAAAACAGGGAGAACCAGAAGGUGGGAAAUUUUCAGCGACAACUGGCAGAGGCUAAAGAGGACAAUUGCAAAGUCACAAUCAUGUUGGAGAAUGUGCUGGCUUCUCACAGCAAGAUGCAAGGCGCUCUUGAAAAAGUACAAAUAGAGCUUGGGCGGAGGGAUUCAGAGAUUGCAGGCCUUAGGAAAGAAAGGGCUAUAAACCAGCAGAGGGUGCAGAAGUUAGAAGCAGAAGUGGACCAGUGGCAGGCCAGAAUGCUUGUGGUGGAUUCCCAGCACAAUAAUGAGAUGGAGCCUCUACAGAAUGCUCUAGAGGUAGCUAGAGAAGAUAACCGGAAAUUGGCUCUGAGCCUUGAGCAGGCUCUACAGACUAAUAAUAAUCUUCAAGUAAAGCUUGAUCAUGUUCAAGAGAAAUUGGAAAACAAAGAGCUUGAGCGACAGAAUUUGGAAGCCUUCAAAGAACGGAUAACUGAGGAAUCCAAGAUGGAAGCAGAAUUACAUGCUCAACGCAUAGAAGUUCUGAGAAAGCAGUUUCAAACUGAGAGAGAAACUAUAAAGAAAGCAACACAACGGGAAGUGUCUGAGAUAAAGAAAGCCCUUGACGAAGCCAAUUUGAGGUCCGUGGAGGUGUCUCGGACUAACCGAGAGCUGCGGCAGAAACUUACAGAGCAGGAAAAGAUACUGAACAGUAACAAGGAGAAAAUAAAGAAUCAGAAGGCCCAGAUUAAGCUCCACUUGUCCUCUAAGGCGAAUAACGUACAGAACGUAGAGAGGAUGAAGCAAAUAGAAGCAGAAUUGAGGCAAAUGGAGCUAAUUAAGGAACAGUAUCAGAAAAAAAACUAUGAACAGUCAUUGAGUAUCCAGAAAUUUGUAUGUGAAAUGACAAAUCUGCAGAAAGAAAUGCAACUGUUGGCCAGGAGUCAAUAUGAUACCUCGGCCCGGAAUAAACACCAGGAACUGCUGCUAGAGUCAGAGCGAAAAAUAAGGCAAGAACUAGAGAAUCGGUGCCAGGAAUUAGAAGAAACCAUCAGACACUUGAGAAAAUCUAAAGAGGUAACUGACAAUAAACUGAAAGAAGCCAGUGUGGAAUCAGAACAGAUAACAGCUAAUCUAGAAGAAGCCCAUCGCUGGUUUAAGCACAAGUUCGAUGGCCUACAAUUUGAACUGACGAAAAACCGGUUGCAGAGACUUCCCCGGGAAGACAGGAGGCAGGAAGAGGAGCGUGGUAAAAGAAACAUCGUGCCUGGCCAGUCUAUUCUACAUAGAUGGGAAAAUAAACAGAAUUUUAGACCUAUGCCUAAGAAAUCUUAG